CGUGAGGCACGCUUCAUCAUACACGUAUUUAUCAGCUUUACGGAGACUUCUGCUAUCAAAUUCAAAGCUGAAAUCAAAACUGAACCGAGAAUCAAUUUUCACCUUUCAAUUCUGAUCAAAUCAAACUGGACUUUUCACCAUCAUAAGUGACAGUAUUUUGAUAUACAAUUUGACUGAUUACACCGAUUAACUUCAGUAUCAUUUCAAUUCUAUCCAAAGUAAAUCACACCAUUUUCAUUCAUGAGUUUGCCAAUCUUGCACAACCGAAAAAGGCCAAUAGUGAUAACGGUCGUUGUACUAGUAAUACUAUUGUUGAUCACCAAAGUAUCGACUUCGAAACACUCAGCCAAAAACAUCCAGGAAGUGCUUCAGAGUCUUCCCAACGAAAAUAUAUUAGGUCUCUCCAAACUUGUAAACAACGAAAACGAGAAGAGUCAGGAUGAGUUCUUCGCUCGUUUAGAGAAGCUGAACAAGAAAUUCUUUCUGUCUCAGGAAGCUCGCUUACAAAAAUUGGAGAAACAAAAUGAGUUGUUGCUCAAGGAAAUCAAGUCACUCAAACAACCUUCAAACUAUGCAUCACUCCGUGAAAGAUUGUUAUUUGUGUAUCCAUACGAUUCCUCUGUUCGUUUCCCAGCGUACAUAUGGCAGUCUUGGAAACAUGGGUUAAACGACGAACGAUUUAACGAGAAGUAUCGUGAGGGUGAAAGUCAAUGGGCUUGGAAAAACCCCGGUUUUGUCCACGAGUUGUUCAACGAUGACACGGCCCAUACGAUGAUCAAGUUCCUUUACCAUCAGAUUCCAGAAGUUCUCGAAGCAUACGAAGCCAUGCCUGAAGUCAUUCUCAGAAUGGACUUCUUCAGAUACUUGAUCUUAUUUGCCAAGGGAGGUGUUUAUGCCGAUAUUGACACAUACCCAUUGCAACCUAUUCCCAACUGGAUUCCUGAAAACGUUUCUCCAGAUGAAUUGGGAAUGAUUGUUAGCAUAGAAACCGACUCCAACUCUCCUAACUGGAGAACGGAAUCGGUUCGUAGAUUGCAAUUUGCCCAGUUUGUCAUUCAAGCAAAGCCGGGCCAUCCAAUUCUCCGUGAGAUCAUCGCUCAGAUCAUCGAGAGAACGUUGCAGAAGCGCAAGGCAUUGUUGGAUACCGAGAAGUUGAAGUUAACCGGAUCGUCCAACCAAAGAAGCUUGGAUAUUUCUCGCUGGACCGGUGCUGGCUUGUGGACAGAUGUCAUAUUGAAGUACUUCAACGACUACAUCCAGAGUUCCAUCUACCAAAAGAUCACAUGGAAAGAGUUCCACGAGUUGAAAAUUCCCAAGUUGGUCAGUGACAUUUUGAUCUUGCCCAUCCAUUCGUUUGCAUCUGAUAUCGAGAUUCCAAAGGACGGAAAGAUUGAGGAUCCCCUUGCAUUUGUGAAGCACUAUGCGGCAAAGAUCUGGAAGACCACUUAGCUUCUUCAGCAUAUUCAGACAAUUAAUGAUAGAAUAUACAAUAGUCUUAGCUCGCAAGUAGUGUAAUAGAAGGCAUGAAACGUAU